GAAUUAUGGACGCGUUGUCUAACAUGUACGAGAAGCCAUCUGCAGCGAAUAAAGUUUUUCUGAUUAGAGAGCUGGUGAACACAAGGAUGAAAGAAGGCACUUCAGUUACCGAGCAUAUCAACAAGUUGAAUUCGAUAUUAGCCAGACUUUUGUCAGUGGGCAUUAAGUUCGAUGAUGAAGUUCAAGAUUUACUACUGCUAUCGUCUUUACCUGAUAGUUGGUCCGGAACGGUUACAGCAGUUACCGGUUCAGUGGGACCCGAUGGAUUCACCUUUGAUCAGAUUCGAGAUCUCGUUGUUGGCGAGGAUGUCAGAAGAAAGAGUUCGGGGGAGUCAUCUGGUGAAUUGCUUCAUGUUGGUAGAGGCAGAAGAUAUAACAGAGGUAGUGGGAGCAGGAACAGAAAAAGGAGUCAGUCGAAGACUCGUGACAGCUCAGGUGUAACGUGCUGGAAAUGCAAGGAGGUGGGGCAUUUUAGGAAUCAAUGUCCGAAUGAUAAGAAAGUAAACAUUGCUCAAGGCUCUGCGAGUGACGAGGAGGUCGCUCUGACUUGCUGUGAGGAAAGCAAUGUGGAUUCCUGGGUCAUGGAUUCUGGUGCUUCAUUUCAUGCCACCCACAGCGGUGAAGCAUUGCAGAAUCUGGUUAUUGGAGACUUUGGAAAGGAUGUCAGAGUGGUUCCAGCCUUGAAGAAAAGUUUGAUUUCUGUCAGGCAGUUGGACGAACAAGGACACGAGGUGAAGUUCAGAGAUGGGCAGUGGAAGGUCGUGAAGGGAAAUCUUGUUAUGGCCCGCGGAAGGAAGAGUGGUCCGUUGUAUAUGGUCGAGUUACCAUCUGAGGGAGUGACCGUCCCAGUUCAGAAGAGAAACAAACUCCGGUCCACAGAGUCUCGUGGGCAGAAUAAGGUUGUUUGUGCAAGAGAGAAACCUAGAGCCACUGGUCAGACUCAGGAUGAACGAGCGAGGAAAGGUUCAAGAAGGCCAGUCAGAGGUAUUUGUGGCAGUGGGAGCUCAAGAGGCGCUUCAGCCAAGUUGCCUAGAAGACAGUGGGUCAGGAGAACCAGUAUUCCAGCUGUUGGAACAUCUUCAGAAAAUUUCUUGCUGAGUAUGGAGAGUGUUUGUUCUCAAGAUGUUCCAGGAUCCGGCAGUGUGCGUCUGCAGUGGGAGCCGGUAGGGACCGAGGACGAGUCAGGGCAGAUUUUGCCGUGACUGAUGUGUUAGAGCUUGGGAGAGCUUCAACGGGCCUUUCAGUUGUCUGAUGAUAGGGCCGCUGCAACAGGAGAGCUGAUGAAGAUUACUCGAUGUACAGGCGAUCGUGGCGGAUGGCAGUUGAUGUUUAUCAAGCCUCCAAGUGGGAGAAUGUUGGGCUUUGUGGAGGCUUGUUUGUCGGCCCGGCCCAGUUAUGCGUAGCCCUAGUUUUUUCCCCUAUAUAUAGAGGGCUUGUACUUGUAAUCUGUACCACAAGUGAAAUAAGAAAAUCCUCCUGUUGCAGCCGUGGAUUAGGGAAACCGAACCACGUUAAAUUCUUGUGUGUCGUUUGUGUUCCGUUUCUCUCUUGAUUCUCGCAGAUAUUUGUGUGUGUUGUGUGUUUUAAUUCCCAACAUUCUCGUCAUGGUAUCGCCGAUCGCUGAGCGACUUCAACGCAUGGAAUGAGGCCGUGGCUUGUCUCGCUCCCUCUGUUGGGUGUGCUCGCCUUGAUCAUACUUACAACUCAUCUCAACAACAACUCUUCACUGCACAUCUCACUCCUCUGCAGAGUACGGGUGUUGUAUGCCGCCCCCGGAGUGUGGAUACACUUAUGUCAGCCCAACAAAAUGGGCGUCUUCAACGAACAAUUAAACAAAAUUGCCAGAAUGUGCCAAGUGGAGCAAUGAUCCAAGAAAACUAUGCUAUUAUU